UGGCUUAACCGUUAACCAGCUAGCGGGAUCAUGGAGCAUUCCACUGAGGAAAGUACGGAGCAACCAGCCCAUUCAGAAGUCAACCACCCGCGAUGUGCUUUGAAGACCAGGCUGGGAUAUCAACCGCUCCAUCGUGUGAUCCUGGAGAACUGGCAGUCCGGGGUGACUGUGGCGAUGGUGAGCGUUCCCUUGUCCAUUUCGUUGGGCAUUGCCUCGGCUGGGGGCGACCCCAGCGCACCACUCAUGGGUGUUUCCACAGCCUUUUGGGGAGGCCUGUGUGCAUCCAUCUUCAGCUCCAGUGAUUUCAAUAUCAUCGGACCAGCAGGUGCGUUGAGUGGCAUGCUCAAUGCGGCCACCAUCAAGUUUGGUGGUGCGGAGGUUCUGCCCUACUUGUCUUUGAUCUCCGCAGGAUUCAUCUUCCUCAUCUACUUGCUAGGCCUGCAACGAUAUUUGCUUCUGAUGCCUACAGCGGUCUUUGAAGGUUUCACCCUGGCAGUGGCCUUCAUCAUUGGCCUUGGACAGCUCGAGAUGGCCUUGGAUUUGUCCCCUGAUGGGCCCAAGUCUGAACAUUUUCAUGAGAAUUUGAUUCGCUCGCUCGAGGCACUCCAUGGCUAUAGUUUGGCACCGGCCAUCCUUUUCUUUGUGGUCACAGCUCUGCUUCUGACACUUGUGAAGUAUGCUGGGAAGAUCAAAGGAAGGUCGAUCCCAUGGACGGUGCUCAUUCCCGUCUUCACCAUUCUGUUGGGCUAUUUGUCAGACCAGAAACUACUGGGAGGAAUCGUCCUCCCCACUUUGAAGGACAAGUACGGCACUUUGAAACCCCGCGUGGUGGAAGCACCCUCCACCCCACUGGCGGACUUCGCUCAGGGACAUGUGAUGGACCUCAUUCGAACCGCCUUCGGAAUUUCCUUCGUGGCGGUUCUGGAGACGCUCAUCUCGGCGAAAAUUGCUGAACAGAGGAUGAACUAUCCGUUCGAUAGCAGCCGAGAGACAUUGGGCCUCAUGGUCUGCCAUGCAGUAUGUGGAGCGGUUGGUGCAUUGCCACCGACCGGCGUUUUCGUGCGAACCUCUUUAAAUGUACAGCUCCAAGCAACGCAUCGCAUGUCUCAGAUGAUCAAUGCCAUUGCAGUGUUCCUGAUUUUCGUGGUGGCGAUGCCGGUGUUUUCCUACCUCCCACAGGCAGCAGUCGCCGCGCUGCUGGUCUUCGCGUCCAUUCGCAUGGCCCCAGUGAGUUACAUCGCCAUGUUAUGGCGAAACGAUCGGAGGAGUUGUUUCCUGCUGAUUAUGACCACUUGCAUUUGCGUCUUCCUGGAUCCUGUCUAUGGCUUGGUGAUUGGGAUGGUCGUGGCACUUCUCCGCGACGCGGCCGAAACGGCGCGCGCGGAGAGCCGGGUGACCUUGGACAAGGCCAUUCCAUACGUGAGUAGCACUGGUACACCCAUCACCACCAGCCAUGGGGUCCUCCGCAAGUGGGCCACUUCCAGCUUUGACCACGGUGCCAACAUUGCAGUGAAGCCUUCACCCCUGACGACCAUGCAAGGCAUCGUUGAGCGCUUCGCAUGUGGCAAACCCAAGAAGCAGAUGGACAACGACCUCCAUGAACAUGAUUAUGAAUCCGUGGUGCUUUACGAGCCCAUGGGUUCUAUGACCUUCCUAUGUGCCAGCAAGCAUCUAUCGCGUUUGCAAGCGCUGGCAGCCAAGAGUCCUCCAGGUAUCAUCGUGUCGUUGGAGCACGUGACCCGCAUCGACAUCGACGGCUCCGAAACGUUGGCCAAAGUGGCACGAGAGAUCAACACCUCAGGCUGUCGUUUGGCCUUUGUAAUUCCUGACUUGUUGCUACAAGGACGUGUGCUAAAGAAAGCCGCUUGGAUCCAAGAAUUCAAAGGAGACGGGCACAUCUACAGCACGGUGCCUGAAGCAAAGGCAGAGAUGAACGCCCUUUGAGCAGCGGCCAGGCAUAGAUGGCCCCCCGCAGGUUUGUAG